AUACAACAACCACACUAGACCAGGCAGUCCACAUUGAAGCCAUACUGGCGUUUUGCUACACGGAAUUUUCCAUUUGAACUCCUCUUACUCCCGCAUAAUUCAUACGGCGAAUCUACUACGUGGUAAAGAACAAAGCAGCGCAACAUUACACACGAAACUACGCCUCCGAACCUCGCUGCCGCUGCCGUCAUGCCGGGCCUCACUCUUAACACCGACGGGGCCACCGUAUCUAGGACGCCCAUAUACCCGCCGGCGCACCUAACCAGUCAACCACAUACAACAACAACCACCACAACCACAACCAGCACCACAACCGCCGCUCCCACAAGCGCUCCAACAAGCGCUCCAACAAACCCAACCCCAAAUCCCACCACAGCCGCCAGCGCAAACACCCCCAUGCGCUCCUCCUCGCCCCAAAGACCGCCCUACAGCCCAAUAACCCCGCCUCUAAACCCCAUCGCCUUCCCACCACGAGCCUCAUACACCCACGUCUCGCAACAGUCCCAAACCAGCAUCGCGCCCCCCGCCGCCUCUCCCAUCGACUUCGACACGAACCCCGACGUGCUCGCGCUGAAAUCCGCAAUCUCCGUGCUGCAACUGCAGCGACGGAAAGCCGAAACCGACAUGUCCGUGCUCUCGCGCGUGAAAACAGCCGCGCUCUCCGAACCAAGGGCCUUCGUGCGCGAUCUAACGGAGGGGCGCGUGGGCGUGGAGGGGGACGGUCGGGGUGAUUCGGACAGCGAGUCGGAGUCAGAUGCGGAGAUGGGAGACGCGGACGCGAGUACUUCUGCCGGCAACCAGCACGCGCCCCCGACAGCCGAACAACCCAACCAACCAAGUACAGACAUCAAGCCCGACCCGAUCAUCAAGUCUGAGCCCACCAACACACCCACGCCGCGAGCAAAGCCGCAGCCGCGCCCGUGGGCGAAGCUGCCCAAGCCGCAGAACAUAGUGCGGUGUCCGCCGAUCAACUGGUCGCAGUACGCCGUGGUGGGCGAGUCGCUGGAGAAGCUGCACGCGGAGCAAGUAUCGCGGCCGACGCAGGGGGUACCCGCCGUCGUGGCGGCGGACGGGCGGUACGAGUUCAGCGGGGCGACUGGGCGACAGGAGCGGUUGGUCGGGAUAGCGGCGCCGUAUGCCCCGGGCAAAGACCGGAUUGAUCGGAGGUCCAAGGGCCCGAGGAGGUGAGGUGGUGAGACCUAUCUAGCGGCUGGAGACUGAGGCCCCAAGGUAACUUUGGUGCGUGGUGUUAAAGGGACACGACUCCCGGGAGUGGUCUCGUGAUGACGAUGUAACGGAUAAUGACUGAGCAUGCAUGUAUUUUAUACUAUAACGGUUUACUAGCGUGGCCCUCCGUUUAUAGGAACUUGCUUUAUACGUAAACAGAGGAGUUGGGACUCGGCGAUUUGGGUGUUUUGUGGCUAGGUACUAUAUUCUAUAUUAAAUAUCAAUACCCAUAUACCUUUA